AUGGAUGGAGCGCCGGAUGGAUCGGCAGCCUGAACGUGCCCGACCCCGAAGCUGGCUCCCUCCCGUCGUCCCUUCGGCAUCGGAAAAGAUUCAGUGUUUCUCGCGGACAAGGCCGCAGCUUCGUGUCGGGCCUUGGCCGAAGGGGAGGAGGGCCGCCAGACCUCCGAGAUGUUGGCGACCGACGUUGGCUCCGGCGUGCGCGUCAUUUGAAAUGCAAAAACGCAAGUGCUGCCUCGGAGUCCCUCUGUCCUCGUAAUAGCGAUGAUGAUGCUGCUCGUGCUUCCGCUGCACUGGGCACAAGAUGUGAGCACCAGACGUACAGUAGCACUAUCCUUAUGCUGAGACCAAAGCUGCUGCUGCUGCGGCGCUGCGGCACACUGGCGUGAUGAGGAGUGAGUGCGAGACAACACCGAACUGCUGGUGGGCGAGAAGUGUCGAAGCUGUGUGUUAUCGUAGCAACGGAGACGUCGGACUCGCAAGCAUCAGUCACUGAGUUCCUCUUUCGGGUCGCAAGGAAUGGUUUUGAACGAGAAGAAGCCGAAGGUGAAGGCUGCAAUUGGGCCAUUGGGCCAGGAGAAUCAGAUUGAUUCAGAGAGACGAAAGAUCAUGUGUUUAGAAUUUGGCUCAUCGGCCGUGGGCCGAACGUAUGGCGUGGCGUGGCUGGCUUAGGUGAAGCGUGCGAGAGAUUUGGACGAAGGAGUUAGAGAACAAGUUCACGAGGGUCGCGGACAAUGCUGCUCAUAGUCGUCGUGUAUUAGAGUCGACUGAACCGAGCUUUCACGGGCUUUACGUGCUGGGAUGAAAUUUGUAUUUGGCCUUGGAAGAGUGCUCCCACGUGUGCUUGAAAGGAUUGUUGCGCUUGGAAAUUUUUCUGGUGACAGCAGGUGUCACCAGGUAUGACAGUCCCCGAGCGACAAAUAAAGAACUCAUCGUUAGCUGGGACGUAACACAUUCUCUCAGAACGAAAGCGUGUAGGUGAUGGACGUCGUGAUGACAUAUACCACGUCGAAGUUUUAACAGCUCUAGGAGCAUAAUUCCUCUGUAGAUAACACAGGAAGCGUGAGCCAUGGCGGCCCCUGUAUCACUCGAGGGUGGGGAAAUAUGGGGAGACAGAAGGUCCGGUAGCGCAAGCAUGUGGUCUCUUGGUGAGACUAUUUUUUCUCGGUCUUCCACACUGCGGAGGGAACACGACGACGAGGAAGCUCUGAAGUGGGCUGCGUUGGAGAAACUCCCCACGUACGAUCGCUUGAGAACGGCUAUACUGAAAAACGUCGGCGAGAAUGGCCAAGUCCAGCACGAGGAGAUUGAUGUGACUAAGUUGGGAUAUGAAGACCGACAACAUAUCAUUGAGAAAAUUUUGAAGAUUACAGAAGAAGAUAACGAACGUUUUCUGCUGAAACUCCGGGACAGGAUCGAUAGGGUCGGCAUAGAUCUGCCAAAAAUUGAAGUGCGAUUUGAGAAUUUGAAAGUCGAUGCAGAUGUUUUCGUUGGAGGCAGAGCCCUGCCUUCUCUUAUCAACUGGACUGUAUCUCAGAUUGAGAACAUUUUCAGCUUGUGUGGCAUUAAAAGGUCUAACAAGAGGGUUCUGAACAUCCUCACAGACGUCAGUGGCAUAGUCAAGCCCACAAGGAUGACUCUAUUGCUAGGACCGCCGAGCUCUGGUAAGACGACAUUGCUAUUGGCCCUUGCUGGUAAACUUCCGAAGGAUCUCCAGCAGGUCUCAGGUCGUGUAUCUUACAAUGGUCAUGCAAUGGAUGAAUUUGUUCCCCAAAGGACAUCUGCUUAUAUAAGUCAACACGAUUUGCACAUUGGAGAAUUGACAGUCAGGGAAACUCUUGAUUUCUCCGGACGGUGCCAAGGUGUUGGAACUAGAUAUGAAAUGUUGACAGAGCUGUCCAGGAGAGAAAAAGAGGCUGGCAUUAAACCUGAGGCCGACAUUGACAUCUUUAUGAAGGCUACUUCGGUGGAGGGGCAAGAGACAAGUCUGGUUACAGACUACACCCUGAAGCUUCUGGGCCUUGAUGUCUGUGCUGAUACGCUUGUUGGGGAUGACAUGCGAAGGGGAGUGUCUGGUGGACAAAAGAAGAGACUGACUACUGGCGAGAUGAUGGUGGGACCUGCGAAAGCUCUCUUUAUGGAUGAGAUUUCAACAGGGCUGGACAGCUCAACAACGUAUCAGAUUGUGAAGUGCUUGCGACAGUUUGUACAUGUGAUGGACAGUACAAUGCUGGUUUCAUUGCUGCAGCCUUCACCCGAGACGUAUGAACUAUUUGAUGACAUAAUCUUACUUUCUGAGGGCCAGAUUGUGUACCAAGGGCCUUGCGAUUCAGUUCUGGACUUCUUUUCAACCAUGGGAUUUAAAUGCCCCGAGAGGAAAGGUGUGGCAGACUUCUUACAAGAGGUGACAUCAAUGAAAGAUCAACAGCAGUACUGGGCAAAUAAGGAUGAACCAUACAGUUAUGUUUCUGUUAGCAAGUUUGCGGAGGGAUUUAGCAAGUUUCAUAUUGGCCAGCGCCUCGGAGACGAGUUAGAUAUACCUUAUGACAAAACCAGGAGUCACCCGGCUGCUUUGGUACAUGAUAAAUACGCUCUGAGUGGAUGGGAGCUAUUGAAGGCUUGCUUUGCUAGGGAGCAAAUUCUGAUGAGGCGAAAUGCAUUCGUAUACGUCUUCAAAGCAGUGCAGGUUUCAAUUGUUGCCACAAUCACCAUGACAGUUUUCCUUCGAAGUACGAUGCAUCAACAAAAUGUCGGAGACGGGAGCCUUUACCUUGGUGCUCUCUUCUUCUCCCUUCUCAAUGCCAUGUUUAAUGGCUUUGCCGAACUCGCUAUGAUAAUAAGUCGCCUACCGGUGUUCUACAAGCAAAGGGAUCUCCUGUUCUAUCCACCAUGGGCUUUCACUCUGCCGGUUUUCGUAACAAGAAUUCCGACCUCUCUUCUGGAGGCAGGAAUAUGGGUUACUCUGACCUAUUUCGUUAUUGGGUUUGCUCCCGAGCCUGGCAGGUUCAUUCGCUUGUUGCUCCUUCUGAUCGCUACAAGUCAGAUGGCUCUUGGCCUCUUCCGUUUCAUAGCUUCUCUCGGUCGAACCAUGGUUGUUGCUCAAGUCGGAGGAUCGUUUGCGCUUCUGAUCGUCUUGAUUCUUGGAGGAUUUGUUAUUGCUAAAGACAACAUACCUGCAUGGUGGAUAUGGGGUUAUUGGAUUUCUCCUCUUAUGUAUGGGCAGCAGGCGCUCAGUGUAAAUGAGUUCCUCGCAGAACGAUGGAAAAAGCCAUACAAUGAUUCUACAUUUGGAGCCACCACUCUGGGAAAGGCAAUUCUCAAGUCCCGUGCACUCGAGACAAGAGGCUAUUGGUACUGGCUUGGUGUCAGUGUCUUGUUCCUUUAUGCUGCCCUGUUCAAUAUUGCCUUCACAUUGGCCUUAAAGUACUUGAAUCCUCCUGGCAAAACCAAUGCUGUCUUUUCGGAGGAAGCGCUGGAGGAAAAACACGCGAACAGAACAGGAGAAGAACUUCCAUCCAGAGGAGGUUCUCAACGUGGCAGUGAAAGGAGUUGGCUUCCGCAGUCUUUAUCUCAGCGAAGGAGUUCCUCUUUGAGAGAUGUGGAUCUCGUUGGGAGGCGGAUAAGUCUCUCAUCUGUGUUGUCAGGUUCUGAUCAUCUGGAAGGUGGAGACGAUACGGGUGCAAAAGCCAAGAGAGGAAUGGUUCUGCCGUUCCAACCGCUGGCCAUAGCCUUCAGCAAGAUCAACUACUACGUUGAUAUGCCCCUGGAAAUGAAGCGGCAAGGAAUAGUCGACGACAGGCUGCAGUUGCUACGAGAAGUGAGUGGUGCGUUCAGGCCAGGUGUGCUGACGGCCCUAGUUGGUGUGAGUGGGGCAGGGAAAACAACUCUCAUGGAUGUGCUGGCUGGUAGGAAAACCGGUGGUUACAUCGAGGGGAGCAUCAGCAUAUCUGGUUAUCCCAAAAAGCAAGCUACUUUUGCUCGUAUUGCUGGCUACUGUGAGCAAAAUGAUAUACAUUCACCUAAUGUAACUGUGCAUGAGUCGAUAACUUACUCAGCCUGGCUAAGACUCUCGGCAGACAUUGACUCUAGCAGUCGAAUGAUGUUUGUGGAUGAGGUGAUGGAGCUUGUGGAGUUAACUCCUUUAAGAGAUUCUCUAGUAGGUCUUCCUGGACAGACAGGUCUGUCGACCGAACAAAGGAAACGAUUAACCAUAGCUGUGGAAUUGGUGGCUAACCCAUCCAUAAUUUUCAUGGAUGAACCAACUUCUGGUUUAGAUGCACGGGCUGCUGCCAUAGUGAUGAGAGCCGUUCGAAAUACAGUUGAUACUGGGCGAACUGUGGUCUGUACGAUCCAUCAACCCAGCAUUGACAUCUUUGAAUCUUUUGAUGAGCUCCUGCUCAUGAAACGGGGAGGACAAGUUAUAUAUGCUGGCCCUUUGGGACAUCAAUCUUCAAAGCUAGUCGAGCAUUUUGAGGCUGUUCAAGGUGUGCCAAAAAUCAAAGAAGGAUACAAUGCAGCUACCUGGAUGCUGGAAAUUACCUCAAUCGCAGCUGAAGCUCACCUUGGCAUAGACUUCGCCGUUAUCUAUCAAAAUUCAGCUCUUUUCCAGCGUAAUGAGGCCCUCAUCAAGGAGUUGAGCUCUCCUGCUCCUGGAGCGAAGGAUCUUGUGUUUCCGACUGCAUAUGCACAGCCAUACAGUGUGCAGUGCAUUGCUUGCUUAUGGAAGUUGCAUUUAUCUUACUGGCGAAAUCCCCUGUACAAUGCAGUACGCUUCUUCUUCACGACUAUAUGUGCUUUCAUAUUCGGUUCCAUCUUCUGGGGACUUGGUGGAAAAAGGGCCAGGUAUCAAGACCUUCUGAAUCUUAUGGGGUCAAUGUAUGCAUCAGUUCUCUUCCUCGGAGUGAGUAACUCAUCUUCCGUGCAGCCUGUUGUGGGGAUCGAGCGCACUGUAUUUUACAGGGAGCGAGCAGCUGGGAUGUAUGCGCCGUUGCCAUACGCUUUUGCUCAGUUUUUCGUUGAAUGGCCUUACGUACUGGUUCAGUCACUUUGGUAUGCAACCCUCGUGUACUCCACAAUACAACUUGAAUGGAGUGGUGCCAAAUUUUUCUGGUAUAUCUACUUCAUGUUCUUCACGCUUCUCUACUUCACCUACUGGGGUAUGAUGACGGUCGCUGUGACCCCUAACGGUCAGUUUGCAGCCAUCAUAUCAUCAGCCUUCUACGGUCUCUGGAAUCUCUUCUCUGGCUUUUUAAUCACGAGACAGGAAAUACCCGCUUGGUGGAAGUGGUAUUACUGGUUAGAUCCAGUAUCAUGGUCGCUUUAUGGUCUACUAGAUUCUCAGCUGGGUGAUGUGGUCGACAAAAUCAAACUCCCUGAUGGCGGCAGAACAACGAUAAAGAAGUACCUUGAAACACAUUUCGGUUUCCACCAUAAUUUUCUAGUUUGGGUUGCUGUCGUGCAUCUGUGUCUCGUAGUUAUGUUUGGAUGUGUAUUCGCCAUAUGCAUCAAAUAUUUGAACUUCCAGAGGAGGUGACCAUUGUUGACAAUAGAUGGCUGACUCAAAGACUUCCAAAGAUGGUGACUUUCUUUAGUAUCAUAUGCCACGUCCAGCGUUUCAGUUAAUCAGUUCCUCUCUGUCUACCUUAGGUAACAGCUUUUGAGCGUAAUAUGGGUAUAGAGUUUUAGGGAUGUAUUUAGAAUUUAUAUGAGCCCAGUUUAGGAUUUGCGUGGAUAGUCUGAGAUGCUGGACAAAAGAAUCCCGUCUGCCUGUAUAUUACGAAAGACUGUAUUUUCCUAUCAAGCAGUCUUCCCAGACAUCUGCUUUCAUGAAGGGCUUCUUGAGCGGCUUGAUAUUGACAGCUGACUUGGAAGGCAGUUCAAGAUCUUCGGGACAUAAAAGUGCAACUGGCGAUCUUUAAACUCUGUGCGAAGUGUUUUACAAGGUGUAAUCCCGACACUGAAAGGCCUCCCAAAACCAGAGCGUAUCUCUACUCGAAUGUAUCUGACAUUUGUUUUGGAAUAAAGUGAUGUCAUGUACUUUGUCCUAGAGU